AUGGCAGAGGGGCUGGGGGCCGACCUCCUGGAGGACUGGGCUGCCAGGACAGGGGUUCUGGGCAUCAGGCUGUCAGGACAGCGGGCCAGCGCCCCAGGGCACCUUUGGGCCAUAAAGGCCACAUGCAGGGCAGGCCACCCAGAGCUCCUGCCUGUCGCUGAUGCCAUUGGCACGCCGUUGUCCUCCACCAUGCUUCAGGCUGUGCUGUCUGCAAUGCUCCUUGGCCUGCUCUGGGUGACCCCAGGCAGUGCCCAGGUCCCCAUCCAGGCCAACUUUGAUGCCAGCCAGUUCCAGGGCAUCUGGUAUGUGGUUGGAGCAGUCUCAGAUGACCAGGGCUUCCUGGAGUCCAAGGACAAUAUGAAGAUGCCCAUGGUCUCAGUGACCCCUGCAGCCAACGGUGACCUGGCUGUCAAGUUUGGGUACCCCACGCCGGAUGGCGGGUGCCAGAAGGUGGACAUGACCUUCGCCAAGGGCUCCACGGACGGCGAGUUCAGCAACGCAGCCAUGGCGCAGACCGACAUCCGGGUGGUGUCCACCGACUACACCCACUACGCCGUGAUGUUCUUCGAGACGCAGAAGGAGGGCGUGCGGAGCGUGUGGCUGCAACUGUACAGUAAGCCCCGCCCCGCGGAGCCCCGCCCCCUAGGGCCCAGGUCUGCUCGGGCCCUCGCGCAGUGCACCUUCCAGCGCGCUCUGGCUCGGACGGCCCGCACCCCUCAGCUGUUUCCCGAAGGCGCUCAGAAGCUGCAGCAGUUGGUACCACAGGUGGGGCUGAACCCCGGCCAGGGCACCCUGCUCCCCAAGUCAGACCAGUGCGCGAGCGACUUCGGCCAGCACAAUAAACGGUCCCAGAAAGCUCCAGGCGUGUGCGUUUCUGGGGCAUGGGGCCAGGAGCGGGGCGGCGUCCUCCUGGGAGGGACCCAAGGCCUUUCCACCGCCGCGGAUCUGGGCGCUGGGCCGGGUGUGCACCUCGUCCCGCAGCCCGACGUGCCUGCAGCGCGGCCAGGCGCACAGGACCCGACCCACGUGCGCGGGGAACAGCCGUCGGCCCGCUCCUGCCCGAGACUGGAGCUUCAUGGGCAACAGCAGCCCCAGCUCACGCCCCCAGGCUUGCAAAUGCAGCGCAGCGAGCUCCCUGGUGCUUCUAAACCCGGCCCACCCACCGAAGGCAUCGCCGCCCCUCUCCUUCCCGGUCCGCUGCCCGGCCUCCAUCCGCACACAAGAGGCGCCGGCAGAUGCACAACGAAAAGCAACGAGUGA